UCCAAUUUACGCUACUCUCUCAGUCUCUCUCUCUCUCCAUCUUUUUAAAAUUCAAAAUUCGGUUUGAGCUUCCUCUCUCUCUCUCGUCUCUAAAGCUCACUAUCGUUUGAUCAUCACUGUCGUAAAUCUGAAGAAAAGCUGCGUCCUCGUCUACGGGUUGGGUCCUACGAUGAAGAUGAAUAUCAACAAAGCCUGCGAUCUGAAAUCAAUUUCGGUGUUUCCUCCUAAUUUGAGAAGGAGAUCGAGUGUUGGACCGUCUGAACAACAAGCAUCGCAGCAGUCCUUCUCGCAGGGACCUUCGUCUCAGACUCAGCGUGGUUGUUUUUCUCAGAUGACACAGAGCUCCGUCGAAGACCUCCUUAUAAACGAUCAGAGAUUCAGCUCUCAAGAACGAGAUCUCUCUCUGAAGAAGAAUAGUUUCUUGCCCCCAAUCAAUCAUAAACGAGAUGACAGUCAGAUGGUUGUAGCUAGACCUUCGAGCGGUCUUACGAGAAGAUGGAGUUCUGUUUCAGUAGGAGAAUCUAAAUCUCAGAUUGGUGAAGAACUCGAACAACGGUUUGGGAUGAUGGAAACUUCAUUGACCAAGUUUGGAAUGAUGUUGGAUUCGAUACAAAGUGACAUCAUGCAAGCUAAUAGAGGAACUAAAGAAGUAUUUAUUGAAACUGAGCGCAUACACCAAAAGUUGAUUCUCCAAGACACUUCACUUCAGCUGCUGCAGAUAAAGGAACAAGCAGAUAUCAAAGCUAGUCUUGAUGGAGCUGUUAAAUCUAUUUUGGAGGAACUAAGCAAAGGUCCCAAUCAAGAGAGGUUACAGAAAAUAGUUUUGAUGCUGACAGCUAUCCCAGAGCAAGUAGAAACCGCUCUGCAGAAAACACAACGGGAAAUCUACCACACGUUCACCAGAGAGAUUCAGGUUUUGGCUAGCUUGAAGAUGCCUGAGCCAAUAAUAGCUCAGGUUUCAACAGCACCAAAAGUGCAGGCUCAGAAAAACUUGCCUGAGCAGAGCGGUCCAGCAGCCAAGCUGCAGAGAAAUGCCUUUUCUAGUACUACACAGAAAACGAAACAACCGCAGCUUCCUAGAAAUCCAUGUAAGGCAUCAGCGAGAGCUGUAAAAACAUCUGCAUCCCCAAAGACACAUGUGGGAUGUUGGAAGACAGUGAAACCAGAACAAAGGACAUUUAAGAAGAACGCAGCAAGAAAUCAAGUAAAACCUGGAGGCACUCGUACGCAGUUGGAACAAUGUAGCGUUGUCAUUGACUCAGAUGAAGAAAUAGAUGGAGGCUUUUCAUGCUUGCUCAACGGGAACACCAAAGGAGCUAAUUUCGAAUGGGACGCAGAGAAGGAAACUGAAAAGCUUUUGAGGACAGCGAGGAGGACAAAGAGGAAGUUCGGUAACCCCAUAGUCAUUAAUUGAAAUUAAGGUAAGUAUAAGAAGUAAAAACUACGCUCCUUCGCUUUACAUUCCUAUGUAAAGCAUGUUUAAUACUAUGAUUUAACUGGAUAGAUUAUUGCAAAUGUUAGUGAAUUUUCAUUAUAAUAUAUAGUUUUUCAUUAUGGUAAACUUCAAAAAUUGAACAGUUAUAAAAAGUUGCUUAUCCAAGUUAUUACAUGGAGACAUACGAUUGGAUAUUAAUAAACAUCUUCUUAUUAUUAUUGUUUAGUAUAAGAUUUUCUCUGAUGUCCCUCUAGAAAGAUAAAGAAAUCGGAAUAUCUAUUGGCAAACAUAAUUUUACCAAAUCACCGUUAGUCAAAAGAUUUAAAAUGAUGAGCCUGUAUAUUGGUAUAAAGACUUCGCAUUCGAUUGGGGUAAAAGUAAAAUCACACGUUUGCAAAAAUUCACAACUAAUUUUUCAAGGAGCUUGAUAAAUUCGUUUAGGGAAACACGGAUGGUUUUUUUUUCUAAAAUAAUUGGACUAGAAAAAAAAACUAGUAAAUGGUAGUAUCUGACAUCCAUCAUUAGAAACAGGAAAAAGAAAGAAAAUCCAAAAAAAAAAAUUGAGAAAUAAGAGCCAAAUAUGGUGUUUAUUAAUUAAGAAAUUCAGAGAUUAGUCAAAAUCGAAUGUCACUCAAUUAGGUGUUGUCAUUUAUAAUCUGAAGAAAUCUAUGGGUAUCUAAUCUAAAAUUAGAUUUUUUAUUCCUAAGUUUACACUAUAAAGACAAAGAAUCAAAUACUACUCUAGUAGUUCAAUUAACAACCAAAAGCUUUGUGUUCUCUUUGGAAACUUAUUUAUUGCUCUUUGAAUAGAUUAUUACUUCCUUUUAGUGAAGAAGUUUUGAAUGAAUAAAUCCAAAUAUUUUAAAGUAAUUUCGACCAAAUUUGAUACGUACAAGA